UGAGGGAGUAGUUACAACUUAAGUACCGCAGUAUUUUAGCAAACAACGAACACUUUGACAAUGGAAACACACGCAGACGGUUCCACCACCACGACUGCCUCCGCGGCGUCGACUUCUUCCGCCAUCUCGCAGUGGAAAUUCGCAGUUUCGCAGCGGUUCCAGCACUUCUUAGACAAGUCAACACCGUACUUGCUCUACCGUUGGACCGUCUUCCUUUGCAUCGCAUUGAUGUAUGGCCUCCGAGUCUUCCUGCUCCAGGGUUUCUACGUGGUCUCCUACGCCCUCGGCAUCUACUCCCUAUUCGGAACUCAGAAGAGUUCCGCCCCUUUGUCCGCCGCCUCCCCGAAUUCAAAUUCUGGUUGAGCAGUGACGAUGGAGUAUGCUGAGCAAAGUUGAUGAUUCCUUUUUAUUUUAAGUAGAGGCUCUCGGUGGUGCAUGUCUCCAUACAUGUGACCGCAUUCAUUCCGCUGCUUAUUGUUCUUCUAUACUCUGAUAAAUAAUUAUUGAAUAGUAAGAUUU